UUUUGGAAAUUUUUACUUUUUAGAUUAGUAAAGUCCGAAAUCAAACAAAUUAUUCGUGUUUUGUGAAUUUCAAACACAUUUAUUUAUUUUAUCUACAUCCAUUGAACUUUAAACGUUAAACGCACACUACGAAAUGUAUACUAAGCGAUGACCGUUGUAAGUGAUAACUUUGUCCUUUAGACGGCUAAUUUGUUAUUCACUCAACUAUUAUAAUAUUGUAACUGAACAAUUAUUAAAUUAUGCUAUAAUUUUUGUUGUGAAUGCAAAUAUUUUGGAAUGGCAUCAUCGAGUCGAGGAAUCCAAAUUGGCUCUGCGUGGUUUCAACGCAAAAUUAAUCUAAGGCCACAACACAGGGGCGUACAUUUAGUAACUGAAGAAAUUCUUAAACAAAUACCAGAAAUAUCUCAAUUCUCUGUUGGUUUAUGUCACAUACAAAUUUUGCAUACAUCAGCUAGCCUUGCCAUUAAUGAAAGUUGGGAUCCAAACGUUCGAGAUGAUAUGGAGAUGAUGUUGAAUAAAAUUGUCCCAGAAGGUUUACCUUAUCGACACUCGUGUGAAGGACCAGAUGACAUGCCAGCCCACGUAAAAGCAUGUUUUCUUGGUUCAUCAAUAACAGUACCCAUUACUGAAGGAAAAUUGAAUCUUGGCACAUGGCAAGGUAUUUGGCUGUGUGAGCAUCGAAAUCAAGCUGGUAGUCGAAAGCUAGUGAUUACAUUAAAUGGAUCACCAAAUUCAUCUGCAAGUGAUUGUAACCGAUCACCAAUGUCUCCGUCCUCGCCUAUGGCUUCAUUGAGCAGUUAGGCACAUCAAAUAUAUUCACAGAAGGAUGUUAAUUAUAGACAUCACAUCCAACAUUAAAUUAGAUACAACUGUUUGCCGCUGCCUCUAGUCAAAUGUAAUAUAAGCACUUUUAUAACAAAUGUUAUUGUACCCCAUCAGGAUUAGUUUAUUCAAUAUUUCAAUCAAGUGCAUUAUGAAAAGUAACAACACAUUCCAGAAAAAAAACAUGAAAAUAUAUAAUAUGAAUACUAUUAUUUAUGAUAUAUUAUACAAUAAAACUUUAACAAAUAGUGAAAAUACAUAAAUGACAUAUUGUUACCUUUAAAAUAUUUAAUAAUAAUUACCAUAUAUAAAAUAAGUCACGCUUACAACACAAAAGUUAAUAUAGGACGUUUUGAAAAGUUAACACAAAAUAUUAAUUCGAUAAUUUCUUAAAUGUUUAUUUAAGUUAAUUUAUUUUUUAUUUUUUUGUUACUUAGUCGUGAUUUAAUUUAAUUUUGUAUUCAUUUUUAAAAUUUAUUUUUCCAAUUUUAGACAUAAUAAUGUUACUUAAUAUACAAGGCAUGUUUAAUAGCUUACAGUGACAGUGUUAUGCAUUGUAUAAUAAUUUUUGUACAAAAAAUAAAUUAUGGUAUACUAUAAAUGUUGUAACAUACAUUUGAUUAACUAAAUUAUUUUAAACGUCCGUUUUUAGAUAAAUAUUAAUAUCUUGAUUACAAUUUAAAAAAUUGCUUAUUUUAAAAAUAUAUUUGAAAAAAAAUUUAAAAAUCAAA